AUGGCUCUGCGCUGCACCUUAACUCCACGCAAUCCUUCUUUGCUCUCCCUCGUCGCAGCACGCAACCCUUCUUUGCUCUCCCUCGUUGCAGCACGCAACCCUUCUUUGCUCUCCCUCGUCGCAGCACGCAACCCUUCUUUGCUCUCCCUCGUUGCAGCACGCAACCCUUCUUUGCUCUCCCUCGUUGCAGCACGCAACCCUUCUUUGCUCUCCCUCGUUGCAGCACGCAACCCUUCUUUGCUUUCCCUCGUUGCAGCACGCAACCCUUCUUUGCUCUCGCUCGUUGCAGCACGCAACCCUUCUUUGCUCUCGCUCGUUGCAGCACGCAACCCUUCUUUGCUCUCCCUCGCUGCAGCAUGCAACCCUUCAUUGCUCUCGCUCGCUGUAGCACGCAACCCUUAUUUGCUCUCGCUCGUUGCAGCACGCAACCCUUCUUUGCUCUCGCUCGUUGCAGCACGCAACCCUUCUUUGCUCUCGCUCGUUGCAGCACGCAACCCUUCUUUGCUCUUGCUCGUUGCAACACGCAACCCUUCUUUGCUCUCGCUCAUUGCAGCACACAACCCAUCCACCUCGUGCCUCAGCUCCUGCCGCAAUGCAUGCGCCACUACCUCCAUUUUCUCCGCCCAUCUGCUCACUGCAUCGUUUUGA